GAGGAAGACACCGGAUCAAGUUAGCAGGGAGGAAGACUCUUGUACUGAACCCUGUGUUUGUGCUCGUGUUCGCGUUUAAUCAUGGACGCGUCGCUCUUCCAGUUCUUCAUUGAGGAAUUCGGCGACUCCAACUGCACUCUCGUGGACGCGUUUCAACACACUUUAUACGGGAACGCGUCUUUCGCGUCGAUGAGUGUCGAUGGCAUCUACUGUAACUCCACCACGGAUGAAAUCGGAACUUGCUGGCCGAGGAGCAACUCUGGGCGGAUCAUCGAGCGGCCGUGCCCGGAGUUCAUCAACGGCGUCAAGUACAACACCACCAGAAUUGCUUAUAGAGAGUGCUUGGACAAUGGGACAUGGGCACUGAAAAGUAACUACUCCAACUGUGAGCCCAUCUUAGAGGAAAAGAGGAAGUACCCCAUGCACUACAAGAUAGCCCUCAUCAUAAACUACUUCGGCCACUGUAUAUCUGUCGGCGCUCUCGUCAUUGCCUUCGUUCUCUUUCUGUGCUUGAGGAGCAUCCGAUGCCUUCGCAACAUAAUCCAUUGGAACUUAAUCACGACCUUCAUUUUGAGGAAUGUGAUGUGGUUUCUGCUUCAACUGAUUGACCAACACAUUUAUGAGACCAAUGAGCCCUGGUGUCGUCUUAUGACAACGAUCUAUAAUUACUUUGUGGUGACCAAUUUCUUCUGGAUGUUUGUGGAGGGCUGCUAUCUUCACACGGCGAUUGUGAUGACAUAUUCCACGGACAAGCUUCGGAAAUGGGUCUUCCUCUUCAUCGGAUGGUGUAUUCCAUGCCCGAUAAUUAUAGUGUGGGCGAUUGGAAAACUUUACAACGAAAACGAACAGUAA